CUCUGAUGGUUAGGAGCUUGCGGACGUCAUUGCGUCCAUGUUUAAUUAUUAAGUAUGAGAGAAUAGUUUUGCUUUUUGUUUUUGUUAAUUUUUUUUUAUUUAUUUCUUAUUUAAUAUGCCAAUAUAGGCUACUACAAAUCGUAACACUUUGAUUUUUAAAACUAAAAUGAAAACAUUUUAAUAAAUUAGCAUAAUUUAGUCUUGUGUGGCACGAAUCAUAAUCAAACUGAUUUUGGUCAUUGAUAAUCCUGGCUUCUUAUUAGCACGCAUCAAAAGCUGGUGAAUCACCAAUCAAAUUGCCACCUGGGGGGGUUUGGGGAGAAAUGAGGCACAUCCGCUCUCCCGGUCCAUAAGUGCGUGACUGCUGCGCAGCGCCAAAGACGGUCAAUAGACCAUCAGGAUUAAGAGACAGUCGUGAUCGCACGAUCCCUGUGAAUACUCGCAAAGUCUGUCUGUUUGGAGUUGCACUGGAAUACCCUACUUUAGCCUUUCAGAAAUAAAGCAUGGAGCACAAUUUUAUACACCGCUCGUUGUGGACUAAUGACAGCAAAUUUCUCCAUCACCACGUCGCGGAUUUUUUCACCAGUGUACAAGUAACACAGGAUGUAGCAGCUGGAACAUCUUUCGGACCGUGUGUUCUUUACAAUACAUUUUAUGACACCAUUGCCUUCAUUGCACUGAAAUCAUCUGAUAAAAGGAAUAAAUCGUAUGUUUUUAGGGUAGAUCCUGAGGCGAUGAAAGGCUCCCCAUUAGUAGUUUCUUGGCUACGACUGGUGCAGGCUGCAAUGAGCACCGAAGACCAAAAUACUGAGGCCUACUUAAAAAGUGGACAACUACACUUUCGGACUAUUCGAGAUGUGAAACAGGGAGAGGAACUGCUUGUUUGGUACGACGAGGAGUUGUCUCUUCUUUUGGGAUUUGGAGAUAUAAAGUCAAAGGCCAUGACAGACGGCUUCACAUGCACGCGAUGCGGACAGGCCUUCAAGAACGAGAACCCAUUCCUUGCCCAUUGUCGUUUUUUAUGUGCGCAGGAAAAGGUCGAGAAACAAGCUGAAGUCAAGCGACAACGCAAAGUCGUCGAUUUUCACAACAUUGCAAGAGAUCUGGAAGACAAAAUUAGUAGUUCUUCUGAAGACACGGCACGAAAAAGAAAAAACGACGCUUCUUUAAGCCCACGAAGCAAAAAACAUGUUUUACUGGAGAAAACCAACAUCAAUAAUCAAAUGAACACCAUCAACAAAGACUAUCCUCAUUUUCAGCAUUUGUCAGAAUCUACCAUUAAACUUAAUUCAGACAAUGUGUCAACAAAUGAUAUCACUAAAAGCAGCGCAUUUACAGCGGUUAAAAGACCACCAAGACUCGUAUCAAACCCCAAAAAUUCAUCACAAGAUGUCAUGGCACAAAAUCAAACAGACAGAGGGACUGAUGCAAGUCUACAGUCCGACUACAGCGCGUUCUCGUUCGUUUUGCCCAAGAGCGCGCACUCGGAACAAAAGAGCGCGUUUUGUGAACCCAACAGGCGCUCCGAUAUUCAAAAACGAGAUGAGGAAUGCGCUCCACCGGAUUCGGAUGAUAUCUCGGACACUUUUACGUCAAAGCCUGCCCUAGGAUACAGAAAUGUACUUGCAUCGCACCUGUUUCAUGAUGACCUGCCAGGCACACAUGGUGGAGUGAUGGCCACCCCUUUGGCUACAGGAGGGCCUUUCUAUUACGCACCCGAGCACUGGAGUGGACCUAUAGGUGGUCAGCUGCAGUCUGCUUCAUCUUUGACACUUCUGCCUCCUACUUUCACUCCGUUGGGUGUUUCGGUUCAGAACUGGUGCGCCAAAUGCAACCUCUCAUUUCGCAUGACCUCCGACUUGGUGUUUCACAUGCGCUCCCAUCAUAAAAAAGAGUUCGCCGCAGAAGCUCAGGUGAGGCGGAGGAGAGAGGAGAAACUCACCUGCCCCAUCUGCCACGAGUACUUUCGAGAGCGUCACCAUCUUUCACGUCACAUGACCUCUCAUAACUAAGGAGAUAAACCAUUGCACUUUACUGAGACAACUGUUCACGAGAUGCGAGCGUUUGCCCAGUGGUCUU